AUGGCAGCUCGCCUGCGGGGAUGGCUGCUCUGGGCCCUACUCCUGAAUUCAGCCCAGGGUGAGAUAUACACACCCGUUCAUCAGGCUGGCUUCUGCACCUUUUAUGAAGAGUGUGGGAAGAAUCCAGAGCUGUCUGGAGGCCUCACGUCACUGUCCAAUGUAUCUUGCCUGUCUAAUACCCCGGCCCAGCAUGUCACAGGUACCCACCUGGCCCUCCUCCAGCGCAUCUGUCCCAGCCUGUACAACGGCCCCAACACCACCUUCGCCUGCUGCUCUACCAAUCAGCUGGUGUCGCUAGAAAGGAGCCUAUCUAUCACCAAGGCCCUCCUCACCCGCUGCCCGGCCUGCGCUGACAAUUUUGGGAGCUUGCACUGCCACAACACUUGCAGCCCUAACCAGAGCCUCUUCAUCAACGUCACCCGUGUGGCUGAGAGGGACGCCGGGCAGCCUCCAGCUGUGGUGGCCUAUGAAGCCUUUUACCAGCGCAGCUUUGCAGAAAAGGCCUAUGAGUCCUGUAGCCGGGUACGCAUCCCUGCGGCUGCAUCACUGGCCGUGGGCAGCAUGUGUGGGGUGUACGGCUCUGCCCUUUGCAAUGCCCAGCGUUGGCUGAACUUCCAGGGAGACACAGGGAACGGCCUGGCUCCUCUGGACAUCACCUUCCACCUCUUGGAGCCUGACCAGGCCCUGCCAGAUGGGAUGCAGCCUCUGAAUGGGGAGAUCACACCCUGCAAUGAGACCCAGGGUGCAGACUUGGCAGCCUGUUCCUGCCAGGACUGCGCAGCGUCUUGCCCUGUCAUUCCUCAGCCCCCGGCCCUCAGCCCUUCCUUCUACAUGGGUCAAAUGCCAGGCUGGCUGGCUCUCAUCAUUAUCUUCACUUCGGUCUUUGUGUUGUUCACUGCCAUCCUCGUGCGUCUCCGAGUGGUUUCCAACAGGAACAAGGGCAAGACAACAGACUCCCAGGAAGCCCCCAACCUCUCUCAAAAGAGCAAAUUCUCACCUCAUACCGUCCUUGGCCGGUUUUUCCAGAGCUGGGGCACAAGGGUGGCCUCAUGGCCACUCACCGUCUUGGCACUGUCCUUAAUGGUUGUGAUCGCCUUGUCAGUAGGCCUGAUCUACAUAGAACUCACCACAGACCCUGUGGAACUAUGGUCAGCCCCCAAAAGCCAAGCCCGGGAAGAGAAGGCUUUCCACGACGAGCAUUUUGGCCCCUUCUUCCGAACCAACCAGGUUUUUGUGACAGCUCGGAACAGGUCCAGCUAUAGGUACGACUCCCUGCUUCUAGGGCCCAAGAACUUCAGCGGGAUCCUGUCCCUGGACCUGCUCCUGGACCUGCUGGAGCUCCAAGAGAGACUUCGACAGCUGCAGGUGUGGUCCCCUGAGGCGCAGCGAAACAUCUCCCUGCAGGACAUCUGCUAUGCCCCCCUCAACCCGCACAACACCAGCCUCUCUGACUGCUGUGUCAACAGCUUCCUUCAGUACUUCCAGAACAACCGCACACUCCUGCUCCUCACGGCCAAUCAGACGCUCAGUGGCCAGACUUCCCUGGUGGACUGGAGGGACCACUUCCUGUACUGUGCAAAUGCCCCUCUCACGUUCAAGGACGGCACGUCUCUGGGUCUGAGCUGCAUAGCUGACUACGGGGCCCCUGUCUUCCCCUUCCUUGCUGUCGGGGGGUACAAAGGGACGGACUACUCCGAGGCAGAGGCGCUGAUCAUAACCUUCUCGCUCAAUAACUACCCCGCUGAUGAUCCCCGCAUGGCCCAGGCUAAGCUCUGGGAGGAGGCUUUUUUGAAGGAAAUGCAAGACUUUCAGAACAGCACGGCUGACAAGUUCCAAGUUGCGUUCUCAGCUGAGCGCUCUCUGGAGGAUGAGAUCAACCGCACCACCAUCCAGGACCUGCCUAUCUUCGCCAUCAGCUACAUUAUCGUCUUCCUGUACAUCUCCCUGGCCCUGGGCAGCUACUCCAAAUGCAGCCGAAUAGUGGUGGAUUCCAAGGCGACUCUGGGCCUAGGUGGGGUGGCUGUUGUGUUGGGAGCAGUCGUGGCCUCCAUGGGCUUCUACUCCUACCUGCGUGUCCCCUCCUCUCUGGUUAUCAUCCAAGUGGUACCUUUCCUGGUGCUGGCCGUGGGAGCAGACAACAUCUUCAUCUUUGUUCUUGAGUACCAGAGGCUGCCUAGGAAGCCUGGGGAAGAGCGAGAGGCUCACAUUGGCCGGACGCUGGGCAGUGUGGCCCCCAGCAUGCUGCUGUGCAGCCUCUCUGAGGCCAUCUGCUUCUUUCUGGGGGCCCUGACCCCAAUGCCAGCUGUGAGGACCUUUGCCUUGACCGCUGGCUUAGCGAUUAUCCUCGACUUCCUGCUCCAGAUGACUGCCUUUGUGGCCCUACUCUCCCUGGAUAGCAAGAGGCAAGAGGCCUCUCGCCCCGACUUCUUAUGCUGCUUUUCAAACGGGAAACUACCCCAACCUGAACAAAAAGAGGGGCUCUUACUCCGCUUCUUCCGGAAGAUAUACGCUCCCUUCCUGCUGCACAGGUUCACCCGUCCUGUUGUGCUGCUGCUGUUUCUGACCCUGUUUGGAGCAAAUCUCUACCUCAUGUGCCACAUCAGUGUGGGGCUGGACCAGGAACUGGCUCUGCCCGAGGACUCCUACUUGAUAGACUACUUCCUCUAUCUGAACCGGUACUUUGAAGUGGGGCCUCCGGUGUACUUUGUCACCACCUCGGGCUACAACUUCUCCAGUGAGGCAGGCAUGAAUGCCAUUUGCUCUAGUGCGGGCUGUGACAGCUUCUCUCUAACCCAGAAGAUCCAGUAUGCCACCGAGUUCCCCGAACAGUCUUAUCUGGCAAUUGCUGCGUCCUCCUGGGUGGACGACUUCAUCGACUGGUUAACCCCAUCCUCCUGCUGCCGCCUUUAUGUCUUUGGCCCCAAUCAGGGUGAUUUCUGUCCUUCAACCGAUACUUCCUUGAACUGUUUAAGAAACUGCAUGGACUUCACUCUGGGCCCCGUGAGGCCCACGGCAGAACAGUUUCACAAGUACCUGCCCUGGUUCCUGAACGACCCACCCAACAUCAGAUGUCCCAAAGGGGGUCUAGCAGCGUAUCGAACCUCCGUGAAUUUGAGCUCAGAUGGCCAGGUUAUAGGUAAAGUUGGAAUUACUAGCUACAAACUGGAGCACGCUUAUUCCAUCCCCCCAGCUAACUCUUCUAUAAAGUUCCUAUCUUCCAAGAGGUUCAUGGCCUACCACAAGCCCCUGAGGAACUCACAGGACUUCACAGAAGCUCUCCGGACGUCCCGGUUGCUAGCAGCCAAUAUCACAGCUGAACUCCGGAAAGUGCCUGGGACAGACCCCAAUUUUGAGGUCUUCCCCUACACGAUCUCCAACGUGUUCUAUCAGCAGUACCUGACUGUUCUCCCCGAGGGAAUCUUCACUCUCGCUCUCUGCUUUGUGCCCACCUUUGUGGUCUGCUACCUCCUGCUGGGCCUGGACAUGCGCUCGGGCAUCCUCAACCUGCUCUCCAUCAUCAUGAUCCUCGUGGAUACCAUCGGCCUCAUGGCCGUGUGGGGUAUCAGCUACAACGCUGUGUCCCUCAUCAACCUUGUCACGGCAGUGGGCAUGUCUGUGGAGUUUGUGUCCCACAUCACCCGGUCCUUUGCUAUAAGCACCAAGCCUACCCGGCUGGAGAGGGCCAAGGAUGCUACUGUCUCCAUGGGCAGUGCGGUGUUUGCUGGCGUGGCUAUGACCAACUUCCCAGGCAUCCUCAUCUUGGGCUUUGCCCAUGCCCAGCUUAUCCAGAUCUUCUUCUUCCGCCUCAACCUCCUGAUCACCUUGCUGGGUCUGCUGCAUGGUCUGGUCUUCCUGCCGGUUGCCCUCAGCUAUCUGGGACCUGACGUUAACCCAGCUCUGGUACUGGAGGAGAAACUAGCCACAGAGGCAGCAGCAGCCCAAGACCCCUCCUGCCUGAAGAACCCCUUCCCUGCUAAUGACUAUGUUAAUCACAGCUUUGAAGAAUUUACCCCUGGAGCUAGUGCUGCUGGCUCUGUGCCCAAAAGUGGCCAAAAAUUUUAAUGGGGUAGGAGCUCAUCCGGGCUCCGUGGCUCUUGCUGAUGAGGGGACAAUGAAGGUCUUCCCUCUGGUGGUCCUCAAGGCUCAGGGGAAGUUGUUCCGGAAAAAUGGCUGGCAUUGUGGCUAUGAAGCAGCCAUCAGCAUUGGCAGUGGCUCCCCUGCUCCCACACCAGGUCCCCGAGGUCUCGGUCUGCGUGAGAUUGCCUCCUCCUUCUGGUCCAGGGUCCUGGAGCUGCUGAGGAUGUUUGUCUCGGGCUCAGUCAGGGUAUAUAUUUCUCACCCAGCCUUUCCUUCCCUUAUCAAAAAUAUCUCCAGGGGCUGGAGCGAUGGCUCAGUGGUUAAGGAGCACUUGUUGCUCUUACAGAGGACCCAGGUUCAGUUCCCAGCACCCACAUAGUGGUUCACAACCAUCUACAACUCAGUUCCAGGGGAUGUGACACCUUCUUCUGACCUUCACAGGCACCAGGCACGUGUGCGGUGCACGUAUUUUAUGUACAGGUGGAACACUCAUAUGCACAAAACAAAUAAAUCUAAAAAAGAUUUUUAAAACAAUCUCCAGGACCAGUGAGAUGGGUCAGUGGGUAAAGGGGAUUGCCAGGAAGCUUGAUGACCUGAGCUUGAUCCCUGGAACUCACGUGGUGGAAGGAGAGGACCAAUUCUCCCCCAUGCUCCUCUGACUUCCACGUUGCCUGCAGUGGCACCCCCACCCCCACACAAUAAAUAAAUAAAAUAUAAUACAAAAUUUAAAAGAUCCCCAUUCCAGGAUGGGGUCGUAGCUUAGUGGUAGAGCAGCAGCACGCUAGCCUUGUGUACAUGGGGUGCUGCGUUCCAUCCUCAGCACUGCAGAGGGGAGUGAGCGAAGGAGAGAUCCAAGCUUGUCCCUAGCAUGAUACUACUUUCAGUAACAUUAACUAACUGCCUUUGUUAACAGCACCCUUGCGAACAUUAAAAAACAAAUCUCCAUUCCACGACAGCAAGUCUUUUAACAUUCGCAUCCUGAGAACAGAGAGUGACCCCACCUUGGGCUGUGACAUUGUAGGAGACCAGGAAAGACAAAGAGUACCCACUGUUCUUUCUGGCCUGAGGAGGAGGUUCUCACAGCACUCUGGUAGUGGUUGAUCUCAUGUGGAAUAUGGCAUUCAGUUUGGCCUGUAGCUUCAGCAACUGUUAAGCCUGUUAGAGGCAGCUGCGUGUCUGUGUGAAGGUUCCAGCCUGGGUCUUGUGCCUGGAGCACAGGCCCAUUGGCUUCACAUUGGCUUCAGUCUGCCCAACCUGGCAGAGACAGAGAAGAUGCCUUGUUCUUUGAGAAGCACAGACUGCUUAAUAAACGUUUGGUGAACAGAAGUGGUGUUUCCAUCACAUGUCCUGCUCUGGCUCCCUCAGGGUUAAGGAUAAUUUUUGCAUAUGAUACAAUGAUACGUGUAUCGGGGACUGAUUUAUGGAAAUAUUAUGUUUUGUUAUAUUUUUCCUUUCUAUUUUCAAGAAAAUAGAGAGCCUGUGAUGGGUGGCAGGACUGUCCAUCACCAUAAGGUGCAGGGUUAUAACACGGGGCUUUUCCCUCACCUGGUGUAGCCUGUGAAGUAGGCACAUUUGGAGAACCUGCUGGAGAAUCCCAGGGUGCAUUCAAGAUUGAGGGACCCAUUCAGUAAACUACCAGCUCUGAAAAGGUGCUCUGCCAGGGUGAGAUUGCCAAGGAACAUUCCAGAUGAAUGUUUUGAGCUUUUUCAUUCCCUGUGUCCAGCUCCUAUUUAGCUGAGGAGCAGCUGUGGUAGAUGGAAAGGAGUCAGCACCUCUGGGACCUCCUCUCUGCUUUCCGGUCUGCCAGCUCCCUGUGUAUCUCACUUGACUAGCUGAUCUUGAAGAGGGUCACUGGCAGGCCAGGAAGGAUGGGAAAUCUGGUUAAAGGAGAUCAGCCACAGAAUGGAGGUUGACUCUCACAAGUCACAUUGUUACAACUCCACAGCUGCAGGAUAAACAAAUGGGUUUGAAGAACAAAAUAGAUUCUAACACUGACAUUUCAAAUCAGGGAAGAACAGACCGUUCAAGUAUACGGCAUGAGAGCAGCUAUUGAGUCGUCUGGAUCAAAAUAAAGUAUCUGCAUGUCACAUCACACUAGCAAUAAAAAUGGACAAAUCAACUGUCCUAUGCAUGCUACUGGGGAAGAAAAUCCCACUCUGUCUUAUAUCCAGCUGUGACCCUAGCCAGCUAUAACUGGCCUAGCAAGGUCCGUCCACAGGUGCAAUAGUGACAUGAAAUUUGUGGGACUAACCAACCAAUUUCUAAUUUUUUUUUUUUUUGGUUUUUCGAGACAGGGUUUCUCUGUGUAGCUUUGCGCCUCUCCUGGAACUCACUUGGUAGUCCAGGCUGGCCUCGAACUCACAGAGAUCCGCCUGGCUCUGCCUCCCGAGUGCUGGGAUUAAAGGCGUGCGCCACCACCGCCCGGCCCAAUUUCUAAUUUUUAAAAACGAACCUUUCCAUUGAUUGAUUGAUUGAUGUAUAUGCACGUUUAACUUGCAUUUAUGUAUUUGCACCAUGUGCAUCCCUGGUGCCUGUGGAUGCCAGAAAAGGGCAUCAGAUCUCCUGGAACUGGAGUUACAGACUGUUGUGAACCACCAUGUGGGUUCCUCUUCAAGGAGCAGCAAUACCCUUAACUGCUGAGCUAUUUCUUUUUUUCCUUUUUUUUUUUGGGGGGGGGUUUCGAGUAGGGUUUCUCUGUGUAGCUUUGGAGCCUUUCCUGGAACUCACUCUGUAGACCAGGCUGGCCUCGGACUCACAGAGAUCCACCUGCCUCUGCCUCCUGAGUGCUGGGAUUAAAGGCGUGCGCCGCCGCCGCCGCCGCCGCCGCCGCCGCCACCACCACCCGGCCUGCGGAGCUAUUUCUCCACCACCACCCCCCGCCCCCAAUAAACCACUUUCUGAUUGCAGUCAGCUCUGCAAGGUAGAACACAUACAUGCCUGGUACCAUAAACUGGGCUAAAAACUUGUAGCUGACUAGGCCAUAGGCCAUAAGGGAGAACCUAGUAUUAUUACUCUGUUAAAUGGACAGUUACAGACUUCCCUCCAAGUCCUCAUCGUUAUACUCAUAGAUCAGUGCAUCUCUGAACUUUCAUCAGAGAAGCUUCUUUUUGAAGUUGGUGGUGAUGAAUACAGCCAACAACAACUGGUCAACAGGCAGAGAAUAAGAGAUUUUAGAAUGCUCAACUCUAAGCGGGACGUCUACAUCACGUCCCCUCCCUACAAGGCUCAGAGAUCAUCAUGGAAAAGAGGGCAGAAAGACUGUAAGAGCCAGAGGGAGUGGACCACUGUAGGGAAACAGUAUUUGUCACUGGAUAGAACCAUUGCACGCAUGAGCUCACAGGGGCCGGGACAGCAGGCACAAGACCUGUGUAAGAACAAGCCAGCCCAAAUCUUAGCAUGGAUGAGGGAGGGGCUCACCAAGUGUCACCCCACCUGUGGCGGUAUUGGCAACUGAUGGCUACAUAAACAGUCACUUUUCUCCAGGGAUGCAGGCUCUGAGAAGCUACCCAUGUUCCAGGAGAUGGUCCCACAUCCAUGCACACAUAGGCAGCACUGAAUGGAUAUAAAACUUCAGAGAAAGAGAGAGGCUGUGGGGAGAGAGAGUAUGCACAGGCAGCUGGGAGGGAAAACUUGUGUGGAGUUGGGGAGGUUCUGGAGGAAAGAGAAUAGAGGGUAGAUUGUAUCUGAACACACUAUAUCUAUGUAUGAAUAUUAAAUAAAAUAUUUUAAAGCCCACAAAACUGUACAACCUCUAGAAAAAAACCAUAGGGGAGCCUAUAUAAUCUUGGGAGGGACACUAUUCCCAAGCAUAGACCCAGAAGCCAUAAAGUAAAAGCAAAAGAUCUGCCCAAAUUAAAACAGAAACCUUCUGUGAUACAAACCAAAAUAAACAAAAUAAAGUCCUAAGGAAAGCUGGGAGAUGUGUGAUGGUGGAGAGAGACUGCUGAGGACACAUGAUGUUGACCUCUGGUCUCCAAAUGUAGAUAUGUGGGCAACCCUCCUACAUGUGUGCAUUCAUCAUAUAUACCUAUACCCCCCGCCACCAGCUAAUAAUAAAAAGAUAAGCUGCUUUUGUUGUUGUUGCUUGAUAGCUCAUUACUUCUUAUGGCUGAAUGGUUUUCAUUUCAUGAAUCAUUUCCCCAGUAACGGCCACUGGGCUGCUUCUUAUUUUUAGCAGUUAUGAGGAAGGCAGUGGACAUUUCUUUACAGGUUUUCAUAUGAUCAUAGUUUUCAAACAAGUUGGGCAAAUGUACAGUAGUGUGUUUGCUGCACUGUAAAAUUACGUUUAGCUUCCUACUCCAUUUUAGGUUUUUCUUUUCUCCUUCCUUUCUUCCUUCCUUCCUUUCUUUUUUUUUUUGACAAGGUCUUCAUUGACCCUGGAUUUGGCUAAACUGAAUGUUCAGUACACCUGCCUUAUGGACCCUCCUACACUGCCUCUGGAACACUGGGUUGUUAUUAUUAUUAUUAUUAUUAUUAUUAUUAUUAUUAUUAUUGAGACAGGAUUUCUCUGUGUAGCUUUGAAGCCUGUCCUGGAUCUCACUCUGUAGACCAGGCUGGCCUCGAACUCACAGAGAUCCACCUGCCUCUGCCUCCCGAGUGCUGGGAUUAAAGGCAUGUGCCACCACCGCCCGGCUUGGGCACUGGGAUUAUAAGCACACAUUGUCACACAGGGCUUUUUACAUGGUUGCUCAUGAUCAGAACGCAGAUCCUCAUGGUUGAACAGAAAGCACUUCAGUAACUGAGCCCCCUCCCCAGUCUCCUUUAGUCAGAAAUGUCUUCAUGGCACAGUUAUCCGCACACUUACUGCACUACUUGUGUAUUCUUGCUAAUCCUCGGAUGCCGAAUACAAGCAAACAUUGUUUCAGACCAUCACUCAUCUCCCAGCUUUCUUGAGGACUUUGUUUUAUUGUUAAAUAAUCUUCUUUGCUUUUUGAAUGGGCAAUUCAUGCAAAUGCUUUCAUAAGUAACCUUCCUUCCUAUUUUGUAUUCUAUUUCUCCUUGAUUCUCUUUUUUGAACGAGAGUGUCAUGUGGCUCAGGCUCAGAACUCUAUGUAGCUCUGGUUGGUAUUCAAUUUCUUUUUUUUUUUUUGGUUUUUCGAGACAGGGUUUCUCUGUGUAGCUUUGCGACUCUCCUAGAACUCACUUGGUAGCCCAGGCUGGCCUCGAACUCACAGAGAUCCGCCUGGCUCUGCCUCCCGAGUGCUGGGAUUAAAGGCGUGCGCCACCACCGCCCGGCUGGUAUUCAAUUUCUAAUCCUUCUGCUUCUACAAACAGAUGCUAGCAUGACAGAUGUGUACCACUCUGACUGACUUCUGAUCUCUUCCUUGUGAUACUUUAGUUAUUAAAGAGUUAUUCAAAGUGGCUGGGAAGAUUGCUCAGUGGUUAAAGCACUUGCCAUGCAAGUGUGGGGACUAGAAUUCAGACCCCAGAAUCCAAGUAAUGAUCAAUGCUUUCCUUCUUUCUCUCUUUCUUUCUUUUCUUCCU